AUGAAGGUUAGGGUGUCCAUCCUGCAGGCCCAAUUCGUUUUCCGUGCUAUUCAUUUACCGGAUGAUACCUUGCUCGCUAAAUUACUUCUUGAGCUUCAAGCCUCUAUCUUCAACACUCAAUGGUAUAAACUCAUUCAAACACCAUGCUGGAGACUCUGUGCCGCCAAUUCCAUUCCGUUAGACCAACGCUCCUUUCGAAAACAUCGUCAAGAAUUUCUUGAAGAGAGUUUUCAACAACUACGUGACGAGACACAUUCUGUUUUGCUUUCCUCUUGCCGCCCUAAUCUGAUUAUUGACCCGAAACUCUGGUUACCCAUGACACCCAGUGAGCAUAGUCGAACUAUUCGAUGGCGUCUUGGUUGCCUGCCCCUUCCAUCCAAUCCAAAUGAACUCUUCACACGCUCACAUAGUUUUUCUUGUUUACAUAUGCAUAACCGCCUUCAGAUGCCCAAAUCUAUUGAAGAUCCACUCUCUUAUCUCUUGAACCUAUUACCAUCAACAUUCCACACUAAGAAAAUGAGAAAAUCAAUUGAUGUCUGACUCAUACGCUGGCCUUCUAUAUGUGCAAUUCUGCUUGGAGAUGGACUAUCUAGCUUCACUCUCAAAUCCCUGAACCCUCUGACCAUCAUCUUCUUUCAAUACAAAAACGAAUUUCUGAUAGUCAAUUAUCAUCACUUAUACAUAUACUUUAACAUUUUCCCUUUUAUCCCAAAAGGGUUUUUCUUUCCUUUUUUUUUUCCAUAGCGAUCUGACCAGGGCAAAACAGCAUAUAUAAAUGCUGUGUGCUCAUUGGUCAUUUUUUAAUU